AUGAAGUUCUCCAAGAUUGCCCUCACUGCCGCUGCGCUCGGUGCUGCCAAUGCCGGCCCCGUCUCCAAGCCUAAGAUCACCGACGCCGACGUCCUCAACUAUGCUCUGACCCUUGAGCAUCUCGAGGCCGCUUUCUACGAACAGGGAUUGAAGAACUACACCCAGGCCGACUUUGUCAAGGCUGGUCUGGCCGACCCCUUCUAUGCCAACCUGAAGGAGGUUGCGUCCGACGAGAUUGAGCACGAGACUUUCCUCACCUCCGCUCUGAAGGCUGCCGGUGCCAACCCCGUUGCCCGUUGCACCUACAACUUCCCCGCCACCGAUGUCAAGGGCUUCCUGGCUCUCGCCAGUGUCCUCGAGGGUGUCGGAGUCAGCGCUUACCUCGGUGCCGCCGCACACAUCAUGAACGACACCUACCUCACUGCGGCUGGCAGCAUCCUCACCACCGAAGCCCGCCACAGCGCUUACCUGCGCGCCGCCCUCGGCGAGGUCCCCUUCGCCCAGGCCUUCGACAACCCCCUCGACUUCAACGAGGUGUACACCGUCGCCUCCCCCUUCAUCGGCGAAUGCCCCUCCAGCAACGGCAUGCUCCCCGUCAAGGCAUUCCCCUCCCUCACCAUGGAGUCCAUGGACGCCGUCAUGACCGGUGCCAAGGUCCCUGUCACCGUCGGCAAGGGCUUCGACACCAAGGCCACCGAUAUCCACGCUGCCUUCAUCACCGUCACCGGACCCGUCUGGGCCCCCAUUGAAUCCAUGGGCGAGGGCAAGUACACUGUCACCGUCCCCAAGGGCGUUGCUGGACAGAGCUACUUCGUCCUGACCAAGGGCAACACCCAGGCGACUGAUGACAACAUUGUCGCUGGUCCCGCCAUCGUCGAGGUUGGCAAGAAGGGCGUGAUGGGUACCCCCACUGGUAUGGCUGCCAUGGGUAUGGGUAAGCACAGCAGCAUGGCUAUGCCCACUCCUUCCUCUUCCAAGUCUGGUGCCUGGAGCAGCACUUCUGCCACUUCUUCUCCCUCUGCUUCCCCCAUGUACACUAGUGCUGCUCAAAAAAUGACUGGUAGCAUUGUCGGUGUUGUUGGUGCGGGACUGGCUGUUGCUGCCCUCAUCUAA